GAGAGGUAACUCGCAAGACGGAGGAAAGGGGCGGGGAGAGGAACCUCGGGGGUCGGGUAAAGCCCACUAGGAAUCCUCCCCGGUGCGCGGACGCUGUGGGCGGUGCCUGGGCCAGGGCUGCCGCUCACCUGGCGCUGCAGGUGGAGAGUAUGAGGGACAACACCUUGACUGGAUCUCGGAAAAACCGACUUCUUCCGCGUCACUACACUUUUCACCUCUUUCCUGAUAGCCUGAGGUCGGCAGGAGGAGAGUCAGCUAUGGAGACCAAAGGCUACCACAGUCUGCCUGAAGGUCUAGAUAUGGAAAGACGGUGGGGUCAAGUUUCUCAGGCUGUGGAACAUUCUUCCCUGGGACCUCCAGAGAGGACCGAUGAGAAUAACUACAUGGAGAUUGUCAACGUAAGCUGUGUUUCCGGUGCUAUUCCAAACAACAGUACUCAAGGAAGCAGCAAAGAAAAACAUGAACUACUCCCUUGCCUUCAGCAAGACAAUAAUCGGUCUGGGAUUUUAACAUCUGAUAUUAAAACUGAGCUGGAGUCUAAGGAACUUUCAGCAACUGUGGCUGAGUCCAUGGGUUUAUACAUGGAUUCCGUAAGAGAUGCCGACUACACCUAUGAUCAGCAGAACCAACAAGGAAGCGUGAGUCCAGCAAAGAUUUAUCAAAAUGUUGAACAGCUGGUGAAAUUUUACAAAGAAAAUGGCCAUCAUUCUUCCACUCUAGGCAGUGUGAACAGGCCCUUGAGAUCCUUCAUGCCUGACUCUGGGAGCUCUGUGAAUGGUGGGGUCAUGCGUGCCAUUGUUAAAAGCCCUAUCAUAUGUCAUGAGAAGAGCCCAUCUGUUUGCAGCCCUCUGAACAUGACCUCUUCAGUCUGCAGCCCUGCUGGAAUCAGCUCUGUGUCCUCCACCUCUGCCAGCUUUGGCAGUUUCACAGUGCACAGCCCUAUCACCCAGGGGACUCCUUUGACAUGCUCCCCUAAUGUUGAAAAUCGAGGCUCCAGGUCGCACAGCCCAGCACACGCCAGCAAUGUGGGCUCUCCUCUCUCAAGUCCAUUAAGCAGCAUGAAAUCCCCAAUAUCCAGCCCUCCGAGUCAUUGCAGCGUAAAAUCUCCGGUCUCCAGUCCUAAUAAUGUCAUUCUGCGAUCCUCUGUGUCUAGCCCUGCAACCAUCAACAAUUCAAGGUGCUCCGUUUCCAGCCCUUCCAACACAAAUAACAGAUCCACGCUUUCCAGUCCAACUGCUAGCACCGUGGGAUCUACCUGUAGCCCGGUAAACAAUGCCUUCAGCUACGCUGCUUCUGGUGCCCCAGCUGGAUCCAGUGCAGCCCGGGAUGUGGCUCCUAGUCCUGACACACAGGAGAAAGGUGCUCAAGAGGGCCCUUUUCCUAAGAGUGAGGAAGUCGAGAAUGCCAUCUCCAACGGAGUGGCUGGCCAGCUUAGCAUUGUCCAGUACAUAAAACCGGAGCCGGAUGGAGCUUUUAGCAGCUCAUGUCUGGGAGGAAAUAGCAAAAUAAAUUCUGAUUCCCCGUUCUCAGUACCAAUAAAACAAGAAUCAACAAAGCAUUCAUGUUCAGGCACGUCUUUUAAAGGGAAUCCAACUGUAAACCCAUUUCCGUUUAUGGAUGGCUCAUAUUUUUCCUUUAUGGAUGAUAAAGACUAUUAUUCUCUAUCAGGAAUCUUAGGACCACCUGUGCCCGGCUUUGAUGGUAACUGUGAAGGCAGUGGAUUCCCAAUGGGUAUUAAACAGGAACCAGAUGAUGGGAGCUAUUAUCCAGAGGCCAGCAUCCCUUCAUCUGCUAUUGUUGGUGUGAAUUCAGGUGGACAGUCUUUUCACUACAGGAUUGGUGCUCAAGGUACAAUAUCUUUAUCACGAUCGGCUAGAGACCAAUCUUUCCAACACCUGAGUUCCUUUCCUCCUGUUAAUACGUUAGUGGAGUCAUGGAAAUCACAUGGCGACCUGUCAUCUAGAAGAAGUGAUGGAUAUCCAGUUCUAGAAUACAUUCCAGAAAACGUAACAAGCUCUACUUUGCGAAGUGUUUCUACUGGAUCUUCAAGACCUUCCAAAAUAUGUUUGGUGUGUGGGGAUGAGGCUUCAGGAUGUCAUUAUGGGGUAGUCACCUGUGGCAGCUGCAAAGUGUUCUUCAAAAGAGCAGUGGAAGGGCAACACAACUAUUUAUGUGCUGGAAGAAAUGAUUGUAUCAUUGAUAAGAUUCGACGGAAGAAUUGUCCUGCCUGCAGACUUCAGAAAUGUCUUCAAGCUGGAAUGAAUUUAGGAGCACGAAAGUCAAAGAAGUUGGGCAAGUUGAAAGGUAUUCACGAGGAACAGUCCCAGCAGCAGCAACCCCCACCCCCGCCCCCACAGAGCCCCGAGGAAGGGACGACGUACAUCCCUCCCGCAAAAGAGCCCUCAGUCAACACAGCGCUGGUCCCUCAGCUCUCCACGAUCUCACGAGCACUCACGCCUUCCCCUGUUAUGAUCCUUGAGAACAUCGAGCCUGAGAUUGUGUAUGCAGGCUAUGACAGCUCAAAACCAGACACCGCUGAGAACCUGCUCUCCACUCUAAACCGCUUAGCAGGCAAACAGAUGAUCCAAGUUGUGAAGUGGGCGAAGGUACUUCCAGGAUUUAGAAACCUGCCUCUUGAGGACCAAAUUACCCUAAUCCAGUAUUCUUGGAUGUGUCUAUCAUCAUUUGCCUUGAGCUGGAGAUCGUACAAACAUACAAACAGCCAAUUUCUCUAUUUUGCGCCAGACCUAGUCUUUAAUGAAGAAAAGAUGCAUCAGUCUGCCAUGUAUGAACUAUGCCAGGGGAUGCACCAGAUCAGCCUACAGUUCGUUCGACUGCAGCUCACCUUUGAAGAGUACACCAUAAUGAAAGUUUUGCUGCUGCUAAGCACAAUUCCAAAGGAUGGCCUCAAAAGCCAGGCCGCAUUUGAAGAAAUGAGGACAAAUUACAUCAAAGAACUGAGGAAGAUGGUAACUAAGUGUCCCAACAAUUCUGGGCAGAGCUGGCAAAGGUUCUACCAACUGACCAAGCUUCUGGACUCCAUGCAUGAUCUGGUGAGCGACUUGCUGGAAUUCUGCUUCUACACCUUCCGAGAGUCCCAGGCCCUGAAGGUGGAGUUCCCCGCGAUGCUGGUGGAGAUCAUCAGCGACCAACUGCCGAAGGUGGAGUCCGGGAACGCCAAGCCCCUUUACUUUCACAGGAAGUGACGGAGGACAUCUCACCAGGAGAGUUUUGCCUUAAGUUUCCCCAUGCUGUUCUACACCCACAAAGGACCCAAGAAAUCCGGUUUUUCACGUGUGAUAGCUGAUUCCUACUUGU